AUGAUUAAAGCGACAAAACAUCUGAGUACAUUCGUUGUUGCUGCCAGCGUAAUGUUGGUGUUAUUCGUUCCCUGUUCGAAUUGCCUUCCCAUUUGGGAUUAUUUUAGUGGUACAGAGAGCCCCGGUAAAGGAACGCUGGCGGAUGGAACCGAGAUCGAAUUAAUCGAAUCCCGACAAGACAGCUCCAAACCAUUGCUACGCUACGAUACGAUGGUACCAGUGCUGCAGGUUAUACUAACCCCGAUUGGACGCAUGGUUUGGCCCCGUAUUGAGCAAUGGUUUUCUGGGUUGUUUGGUGCAUAUCUCAAUAGUGCAAAUCGAGCUAUUGAUACUAUCGCUCAGUAUGCAACGGAAAACAUUUCCUUUCGGACUGGCGAUGUUUAUUAUACCAAAAAUGAUCUGAUUGAUGGCCAUGGACAUCAGUCCCUGAUUAUUACGCUUCCAUCGGGAAGAACUUUCACGGUGCUUACGUUUAAAACCAAGAGUAAAUUCAACGUUUUGGAUGAAUUUCCACAAUUAAACGAAGCGCACAAUGAAGUUAGAUCACUAGAUUAG